ACUCUAGUAGUCAAAUUGCUUUUGACAUCCAGUGCUGACACAGUUUUUUGGAGGUUAGCAACAACAACAAUAAUCUGGACGGAAUGGCGCUGCAGGGCGCCCUGGCGCAGUACCAGGCCAGCAUGGGGCUGCCGGCCGAGCUGCGGGCUGCGCCCCUUGCCCUAGUGGGGUUCAGCGGGCUGGACCUGGUCAACAACGCGAUCCACAAGGCGAUCUGGGACACGUUCCACAACCGCAGCGAGCGGGGCGCCGUCCUCUACCAGAGCAUCAGCAACACGCACAAGUUCCCGGUGCUGAAGCCGCGCCGCAACACCUACGACUGGUACAUCCCCAAAGGCAUCCUGAAGCGCAAUUGGCUGGCGAAGCACCUGCAGCAGGUGCCCGCCCUCAUCGCCGUCUUCUUCGACCUGGACUGGAAGGAGCCGCAGUGGACGGAGAAGAUGAUCGAGUGCGCCUCCAAGGUGCAGUCCAUGAGGGCGGCGCUUGAGGGGCGCGACACCUGCAUAGUGGUGGUGCUGAUCCAGAGCCAGGCCCCCAUGCCGGAGGACCCGCUGGCGGCCGAGCGCGCCGUUGCGCUCUGUUCCAGCUGCGAGCUGAACUCGCAGUCGCUCUAUGUGCUGCCGCACGGCCAGCACCUAUCGGGCUACGCCACCCGGCUGGAGAACGCCUUUCUGGAACUGUGCCAGGCCUACUACCACAGCUGCGUGCGCAGCAUCAAGCAGCACAAGGAGCAUCUGAACAAAAACGCCCACCAGAGCCUCUACGUGCGGCACCAGUUCAAAAUGGGCGUGCUCAGCGAGCUGCGCCAGGACAUCAGCGCCGCCCACAAGCACUACACGCUGGCCUACAGCAAUCUGCAGGAGAUUCGCGUGGUCGACACCAAUGCGCUGGAGGUCCGCACCGUUGCCGGCUUUCUCAACUACAAAAUUUGCCGGCUGCUGUUCGCGCUCAAUCUGCCGCGCGACGCCAUUGGCCAGUUCAAGGCGCACAUCGACCGGUUCCGCGCCCGCAUUGGCUUCAGCGAGCUGGUGUUCGAGCACUGGGCGUGGCUCAGCAAGCAGUACGAGAUAUUUGGCGACACCUUCGACGAGGCGGUCAAGCUCGGCCUGCCCGCCGUCCAGACUCAACACCCGGGCAUCUACUAUCAGCAGGCGGCAACGCUGGCGGUGGCCCGCAAGGGGGCGUGUCUGGAACUGUGCGCCAGGGCGCUGGCCUAUCCGCAUCCCGAUCCGCUUGAGGGGGCGGAGUCGAUGGAGUUCUACGGGCAACGCCCCUGGCGGCCCGGGAAGGUGGCGGCGGAGCCGCCCGAGCCUCAAUGGGAGUCCAGCGGCAUCCAGGCCAUCCAGUACCUGGAAAGCCAGAUCAACCACUCGGGCGUGAUCAUUUCGCUGUACGGGCUGGCCAUUGCGCAGUACAAGAUCUACAAGUGUCCGCGCACGCGGCGCCAUCUAGUGCUCCAAAUGGCGGACGAGUGCUUCAGCGCGCAGGACUACGGCAAGGCUCUGACCCUCUACACGCACAUGCUGGCCGACUAUCGGGCCGAGCAGUGGUGGGGCGUGAUCUCCAGCAUCCUGGAAAAGGCGGCGCUGUGCGCCUACUUGACCGCCAACGUGGAGGACUACCUGCAGUUGGCCUUGGAAAUUCUGGCCGCCCCAGUCCUGCUCAGCCUGGACGACAAGCGCCGGUUCUACGAGAACUUCAAUCGGGUGCUGAAGCGGCAGGUGCCCUUCGGGGACCCCAAGUUGGCGCACGAGGCGCUCCAGACGGCCAUCAUCCAGUGGCAGCCGGUGCUGGGCGGGGCGGCGCUCAGCCCCGCCCUCGACAUCGCGCAGGCGUGCCUGGAUGUCAAGUGGCGCUUCGCCAGCCCCGCCUUUCCGGUGGACCAAGCCGCGCAGCUCGUCCUGUUUAUCCGGAGCACCUGCCCUUUUCCGCUGGGCGCUACGCGCGUUGCUGUGCAAGUGGCAACGGCGCGCGCCAGCUGGGACUUGGACGUGUGUCAAGCGGUGACGUUCCAGCGCGACGCCAUCCAGCGCUUCACUGUGGAAGUGCAAGCGGAAGUGGCCGACAUUGGCUGCGAGCUGCUGGUUGAGGGCGUGACGGUGUUCAUGGGCGUGGCCGGGCAGAGCGAGGUCAGCUUGCGCUUCCGCCCCCCAGAGGGGGCGGACGAGCGGCCGGAGUUGAGCCACUUCCGCCGCAGCCGGCCCGUAGGCCAUUUCGACGCCAUGCAGAGCGUGUCCAGGGCGCUGGUGGUGCCGCGCGACUCCCACCUGGGCGUGCGCUUCGAGCACGCGCCCCCCGCCCUAGUGGGCGAGGUCUACGACAUCGCCAUAGUGAUAGCCAAUGAGGAGGCGUGCGCCAUCAGCGAGCUCCGCCUCCUGGUGUCGGCCGAGGCCGCCGUGGAGUUCAGCAGCGACGCCUCGAUGCGGCCGGAAAAAACGCCGCUCGCGCUGCCGCUGCCCCCCACUCUGGAGCCGGGGGGCGUGGCCACCGCCCGCCUCUGGCUGCGCGCCAGCCAGCCCGACAUCAAGGCCGUCGCAGUGCGCAUCAGCUACAGCCUGACGGGCGAGCGUCCUGUUGUGUGCGUCAUGAACGACAGCGUCACCCUGCCGAUCGUCCAGCCGUUUGAAGUGAGCGCGCAGUAUUUGUCCGGGAUGAUGCAGCGCGUGAGCAAGUUCUACGCAGGCGAGCGCUUUGCGGUGAUGCCGUUGGUGCGCUUCCUCUCGCCCUGGCCAAUCAGCGUCGAGGGCACCGCCCUCGAGUUUACGCAUCCGGUGAGGGCGCUGGAGGACGCCCAGAGCCACCUGGCGGGCAGCGUCUUUAACCAGGACGAGGUGGGGACCGAGGUGGUGUUGGCGGUGUGCGACCGCCAAGCCGACCAGAACCUGGUGGUGGGCGAGUAUGCGGUGACGUGGCAACGGGCCAAUGGCAGGCCGACAACGACGCAGGUGACGUUGCACGGGCACCACUGCGACUGGAUCCCGCUCACGUUGGAGCUGCAGGCGCCCGCGCACGGCCUGGUGCGCACGCCCAUGAUCAUCCAGUACCAGCUGACCAAUCAGUCGUCGCAUCUGGUGCGCCUCGACGUCGGCAUGGAGGCGAGCGAAGCCUUCAUGUUCGCCGGCUAUCGGCAGACCGUGGCGGCGGUGUUGCCGUUCAGCACGAAAACGCUGCGCUACAACCUCUACCCGCUGUUGGCGGGCAGCGUGGCGCUGCCCCGMCUGGUGCUCAGCCUGCCGCAGCAUGGCAACGAAGGCCCCGCCCUGCGGCCCGACCAGCUGGCGCAGCUCAUCGAGCGCACGAUCCCCUGCAGCAUCUACGUCAUGCCGCAGGUCAAGGGCGCCCCCCCGCUGCCCGCCCUCACCGCCUGACUGGUUUGGAGCAAAAAAUGUGCUUUAUUUGAUUUCGAUUGCUUGAUUGAUUAGAAAUAUCGAUUUAUUUAAUUAA